AUGUAUCGCUUCGCCGCCAAUCUUGCUUCCAAAGCCCGGCUUGCUAGGAAUAAUACUCAGCAGGUUGGUAGCAGGUUGGCUUGGAGCAGAAAUUAUGCCGCGAAAGACAUAAAAUUCGGUGUUGAGGCGCGAGCGUUGAUGCUUAAAGGUGUUGAAGAGCUCGCUGAUGCCGUUAAAAUUACAAUGGGGCCGAAAGGACGCAAUGUUGUUUUGGAACAAAGUUUUGGAGCCCCUAAAGUCACAAAGGAUGGUGUUACUGUGGCGAAGAGCAUUGAGUUCAAAGACAGAUUCAAGAACAUUGGUGCUAGCCUUGUAAAGCAGGUUGCUAAUGCUACAAACGAUGUUGCAGGCGAUGGUAGGCUUCCUUACAUACUAAUAACGCUUCCCUCGUAG